GGCUACCCGCGCUGCUGGGUCGCAGCCCGCCCUCCCUGCUUCCGAAGCUCGCGGCCGGCCCCCCGCCCUCUUGGGCCGCGGCCCCAGCUCCCUCCCGGCCUUCGGGGUGGCAGCCCGCUGCCCUGGCCGUCUCCGCGCCAGCCCCGCGAGGAUCGCGUUUCCCUCCGGUGUCGGCGGCCGUGUGGGUCGGCAGGGAAGGGAGAGCGCUGGGCAACGGGCCCAGCGGCUGCUCCCAAUUUCUGCAUAUCCGCCCGUCGCCACUGGGGGCUCCCGGGCCGAAGAGCCCGGCGGGGACGGUGCGCACGGCCCGGGAAUUCCGGGCGCCUCCGGCCGCUGGGCUUUCUCCACCGCUGGCCCGGCGCUACCUCCGCAGCCCGCCCGGCUCCCUCCCGGAUCUGUGCGUGCGAUCGCUCUGUUUGUGUGUGUGUGUGUGUGUGGCCGGGUGCGCGCGUGUGCGCGCGCGCGGGGGGCAGUGUGCAUGAGGGGAGUGCGGGGGAGUGUGUUUGUGUGUGUGCGUGUGGGUGUGAGUGCCUGGUUCGCUCUCGCUGAGACACACACACACUCACACACACAACCCGGCUGGCUCGUCUGAACUUGAAGACACCCCACAUUCCAAGAUGCCCGAGGUUCCUGGGAAUGCUUGGGGUUCUUCAAUAAGGAAAAUCUUACCGGCAUCUUCCUAGGGAGGGAUCAUCAUUUUCUGUUUUUUUUUUUUUCUUUUAAAUCUGGAAGAGAAGAGAACAAGUUGUGCUUUUUUCCUCCCUUCUUUUUGAUAAAUACCAUGGAUAUAACUGAAUAAGCCGCUCAGGGCUCUCCCGGCGUGGACGUCCGAGGCUACCAUCUGCGUUCGCCGGGGCCGAAGGGCUGAGCUUGGGCCAGUCUGGGCGGAGAAGGAUGCGCGGCCGAGCCGGAGAGCCCGGGCGCCCAGCGGAGCCGGCCCCGGAGCCUCCCAGCCGGGGGUAGAUGCCGCGCUUCCCAGGUGGGUCCUAACCCCAAGAUGGGUGUCCUCAUAAGAGUCAGAAAAGGAGACGACGGUGCAGAGAGGCCCAGAGAAGACAGCCACGUGAAGACGGAGGCAGAAAUUGGAGGGACGCAGCCACAGGCUAAGGGAUGGGACACCAAGGAUUGUGAGGAGCCUCCAGAAGCCGGGAGAGGCGUGAAAGAAUUCCUCCUUGAGGCCUUCAGAGGGAGCAUGGCCCCGCCAGCACCUUGAUUUCAGACCUCUGUUCCUGAAGGCCUCCAGACUGUGCAAGGAUAAAUGUCUGCUGUAAGCCAUCCAGUUUGUGGCAGUUGGUUACAGCAGUCCCGGAAACUAAUAACAGUAGGAUCAUGACUUGCCUGAAAGCACUCGGCUCUCCCUUUUCCAGCAUGAUAGUUUCUCUCAGUACACCUAUUUCACCCUAUUGACCUGCCUGAAGACCCCAUGUGUAAACUACCAACAACGGCACUGCAGCCUGAAUGACCAGACCAUGGAGACUCUGCUUGGUGGCCUGCUGGCGUUUGGCAUGGCGUUUGCUGUGGUUGACGCCUGCCCCAAGUACUGUGUCUGCCAGAACCUGUCUGAGUCACUAGGGACCCUGUGCCCCUCCAAGGGGCUGCUCUUCGUGCCCCCUGACAUUGACCGGCGGACGGUGGAGCUGCGUCUGGGUGGCAACUUCAUCAUCCACAUUGGCCGCCAGGACUUCGCCAACAUGACAGGGCUGGUGGACCUGACCCUGUCCAGGAACACCAUCAGCCAGAUCCAGCCCUUCUCCUUCCUGGACCUCGAGAGCCUCCGCUCCCUGCACCUCGACAGCAACCGGCUGCCCAGCCUUGGGGAAGACACCCUGCGGGGCCUGGUCAACCUGCAGCACCUCAUCGUAAACAACAACCAGCUGGGUGGCAUUGCCGACGAGGCCUUCGAGGACUUCCUGCUGACACUGGAGGACCUGGACCUCUCCUACAACAACCUGCAUGGCCUGCCCUGGGACUCCGUGCGGCGCAUGGUCAACCUCCACCAGCUGAGCCUGGACCACAACUUGCUGGACCACAUUGCUGAGGGCACCUUUGCUGACCUGCAGAAACUGGCUCGCCUUGACCUCACCUCCAACCGGCUGCAGAAGCUGCCCCCAGACCCCAUCUUUGCACGCUCCCAGGCCUCUGCUCUGCCUGCCACACCCUUUGCUCCACCCUUGUCCUUUAGUUUUGGGGGGAACCCGCUGCACUGCAAUUGCGAGCUUCUCUGGCUGCGGAGGCUUGAGCGAGAAGAUGACCUGGAGACCUGUGGCUCCCCGGGGGGCCUCAAGGGCCGCUACUUCUGGCAUGUGCGCAAGGAGGAGUUUGUGUGCGAGCCUCCUCUCAUCACCCAGCACACGCACAAGCUUCUGGUUCUGGAGGGCCAGGCGGCCGCUCUCAAGUGCAAGGCCAUCGGGGACCCCAGCCCCCUCAUCCACUGGGUGGCCCCCGAUGACCGCCUGGUGGGGAACUCCUCAAGGACCGCCGUGUAUGACAACGGCACCCUGGACAUCCUCAUCACCACCUCUCAGGACAGCGGUGCCUUCACAUGCAUCGCUGCCAACGCCGCGGGGGAGGCCACAGCCACGGUGGAGGUCUCCAUCGUCCAGCUGCCUCACCUCAGCAACAGCACCAGCCGUGCCGCGCCCCCCAAGUCCCGCCUCUCGGACAUCACGGGCUCCAGCAAGGCCAGCCGCGGAGGCGGAGGCAGCGGGGGUGGGGAGCCGCCCAAAAGCCCUCCCGACCGGGCGGUGCUUGUGUCUGAUGUGACCACCACCUCAGCCCUGGUCAAGUGGUCGGUCAGCAAGUCAGCGCCCCGGGUGAAGAUGUACCAGCUGCAGUACAACUGCUCGGACGAUGAGGUGCUGAUUUACAGGAUGAUCCCAGCCUCCAACAAGGCGUUCUUGGUCAACAACUUGGUGUCCGGAACAGGCUACGACCUGUGCGUGCUGGCCAUGUGGGACGACACAGCCACGACGCUCACCGCCACCAACAUCGUGGGCUGUGCCCAGUUCUUCACUAAGGCGGACUACCCGCAGUGCCAGUCCAUGCACAGCCAGAUCCUGGGCGGCACCAUGAUCCUGGUCAUCGGGGGCGUCAUCGUGGCCACGCUGCUGGUGUUCAUCGUCAUCCUCAUGGUGCGCUACAAGGUCUGCAACCACGAGGUCCCCGGCAAGAUGGCAGCUGCCGCGGUCAGCAACGUGCACUCGCAGACUAACGGGGCCCAGCAGCCUGCUCCAGGCAGCGUGCCUGGCGGGGCCCCAGAGCAGGGGCCGCCCAAGGUAGUGGUGCGCAAUGAGCUUAUGGCAUUCGGUGCCAGCGCUACCCGCUGCAGCAACUCCUCUUCCUCCAGCUCGCUGGGCAGCGGGGAGGCCGCGGGGCUGGGACGGGGCCCCUGGAGGCUUCCGCCCCCCGUGCCCCGCCCCAAGCCCAACCUUGACCGCCUGAUGGGGGCUUUUGCCUCCCUGGACCUCAAGAGUCAGAGAAAGGAGGAGCUGCUGGACUCUAGGACUCCGGGCGGGAGAGGUUCUGGGACACCGGCCAGCGGCCACCACUCGGACCGAGAGCCACUGCUGGGGCCGCCCGCAGCCCGCGCCAGGAGCCUGCUCCCCUUGCCCCUGGAGGGCAAGGCCAAGCGCAGCCACUCCUUCGACAUGGGGGACUUUGCGGCUGCGGCUGCGGCAGCAGGAGGGAUCGCCCCGGCUGGCUACAGCCCCCCUCGGAGGGUCUCGAACAUCUGGACAAAGCGCAGCCUCUCUGUCAAUGGCAUGCUCUUGCCCUUUGAGGAGAGUGACCUGGUGGGGGCCCGGGGAGCUUUCGGCAGCUCUGAGUGGGUAAUGGAGAGCACGGUGUAGGCCUGGGGGCAUGGGCAUCCUCCCUCCAGCCCUUGCAGGGUGGAAGAAAGGGAAAGGAUAGUUAUGGUCAGUCUUUGUGGAGCUUCCAUGGUGAUGUUUACAUCCAGGGACGGUUUCAUCUCCCUGUCAACGCCCCCACCCCCACCCCCACCUUCCCAGGCCUGUCCCCCACCUCCCAGCUGGGCUGUGCUCAGGGAAUGCGGACUGGGUUGCUGAAAUGUCGGACUGAGCCCUGAGUGUUUGGAAAGGCGGGACCCCCUCCUUUCUAAGCACAAAUGCAGCGUGUAAGCAAGCGGCUUUGGAUUGCCUUUGGUUCCAGUGUUGUUUUUAUUUCUUAAUUUAUUUUUUUCCACUUCCCGGACUCCUCCUAUUCAUUCACACACAUAAUGGAAAGUUUACAUGUGAAAGCGGGUUCCCAGCAGCCCUGGCAGUGGGCAACUAUUGCCAAUUGACAAAAAAGGGAAUGGUUCUGGUUCUACAUUUGUUUGGGGGGACAAACCCCUGUCAAGACCCCUCAUUGUUCCCAACCAUCCUCACAUCUGGGAAAGGUGAGUGAACCCCCCACCCAUAACUGACCCAGUCCUUUGCUUCUCCAACAUGAUACUCCCAUCACAUCACCUUAAAAGCAGAAAGGUCACUCCCAGGACUGCCAUGUGGGAGAGGGAGAGGGCUGUGUGAGGCAUAAGGGAUGAUAACUUUGGGGAUUGAUGUAAGACCUUUGCCUCUCUUACAGGAAACUGGGACAGAAACUUCCCACGAGCAUGUGGUGUGGGCAAAGCGGGCUUCUCUUAAGGAAAGCAGAAUGGAGUGGUGGCAGAAGGAGCACUGAACUUGGAGUCCAAAGUUCUGAGUUUGGGUUCCAGAGCCACCACCGAUAACCAGCUGAACACACAGGGCAAGACCUUGACUUUGGACCUCAGUCUCCUAUUUUGUAAAAUACUGGGAUUGUAGCAGGUCUCCGAUUCCCUUCUAGUUUUAACGACCGAUGAAUUCUUCGUAAUUGUAAAUAUGAUGGGUCCCAGCUCAGUGGUGCCAGAAGCACAAGCUGGUAGAGCAGCCCCUAUCCCUCCUACCGGACAGAGGGGGAAUUCUAGAGGCCUUGGAAAGGAAGUGGAAUCUUUUUAGAAUGGUAGGGUUUUGAAGUUUGAAGGUGUUUGUGAUCAUGUCAUCCUUUACCCUCUCUCCUCCCCCCAGAGUAUAAGGGAUUUUCCCAAAGGUGCACAAAGAGAGGGACCGAGUCAGGCCAGGUGCUGAGGCUGCCUACCUCCUGGGAAUGGUGUUAGGAAUCUAUUGCCCUGUUUUUGCCCUGGCUUCACCCUUCACAGAUCCUUUCUGUGUCCAAAGUCUGUCCCUUGUUUGCUCCUGAACAAGGUGGAUCCAGGUGGGACAUGGGGUCACCCCCAAUGGAUGCCAUCGAUGAGAAGGAUCUGUCCUUGGAAAUGACAGGAUGGUAAUGGGAGGGGCACACAGGCUCCUUCCCAGCUGGGAAUCAACCCCACACUCCCAGACAGUAUCCUGGGGGAGCAGGGAAGACAUGGCCAGGGAGAACCUGCUUGAAGCAUCUGCAGGACUUGCCGCUGCAUCUCCGUCCCUCCUGGUCUCCGUCUGCCCCAGGCCUCUCCUCAUUGCCAACGUGCUACCUCUCCCUCCGUCUCCCCAGCUCAUUCUUUCCUCUUCCAGGCCUCUGCCCCAGAUGUCUAGCUUCUCUCUUCUCCCUCCCUUGUCCACUUUCAACCAUACAGCAUACAAAACAUACAGGUGAGUCCACUUUGGCUGAAAAGCUCUGGUGGGCUCAGACCUGGGGCUGAGCUGGUGGCCCCAACCCCACCCAGAGCCCACAGGAGCCAGUGGGGAACUGUCUAUGCAGGACUGCCUUCGGGCGCCAGCCCAGGGGCCUCCAAAUCCCGUGCCUUCAACCUCCCCCCCACCCUCCGCCCUCUCCUCCCCUCCCCUCCAACCUCCUGUCGUCAUUCUUUUUCUUUCUGCGACUCUCCACCUCCCCAGUCCCUUUCUGGUCAUUAACAGAUCAGGCCAGUUUCUUCCUCAAUCCACAGGUUAUGUUCCAGGCCGGUCCCAGUGCCAGAGCACCUGCUCUCCGCAGUCAUGGUGGCACCCACAGAAUUGGGUGACUCACAGGAAAUCUCUUGUGCUCUCCCUCUUUCCCUGUGCCCACCUCCCCCCGUCUCCUUUUUCUCUCUACCUUUCCCACUCAGACUUCUGAAAUGUAACCAUUGAGGAAGUGAUCCCAAAUAAUCUCCCUCUUUUUGUCCUUGGGUUCAGAGACCCAGAGGGAAAGUGGUGGACACUGGCAGGGGAGGAACCAGCUGCCUGUUCUCAUCAGUGGCCCCGAGCUCUGUCGUGACAUGAUAUGUACUUGCGCUUGUGUUUGUCGUAUUUCUGACUUGGAGUUUUGGAAAGCAACAUCCCUGUCAUCAGAAUAUAAAUGCCAAUCUUCUCCUUUGGUUAAAAAAAAAUGUACAGUAAAAUGUACAGUUUAGAAAAGAAACAACCACACUUCUUGGGAGAGAGAAAAAAUGACCAUUCUCAUGUC